CGUCCGAUGUCCCUCGCCACGACGAUCGCCCCUCGCCAUCAGCACAGGGGGAUCAAACCACUCCCACCGAGGAGGGACGCCAAAAUGAGUUCCCUGGCUUGACAGCGGAUGAGGAAGCGGCUGGAGAUGAUGGCAAGACAGAGCAAGCUACUUCGCAAGGUACGCAAAGUGGCCACUAUCUGGGGAACCCUGACUCGCGAGGGUCUCAUAGCACUCAAUACAUAUGAUGGACGUAGUAUACAGCCAGUCAUUUGGGCUCAGGCAGUCGGCUGUCUCGUAAUGGGUUGGACCGUAGCCAACAAGGAGGCCCUCGAGGCGUGGUAUCCACCCAUCUUCAUUGCUUUGGGCACCGGAUACUGCGGAAGCGUCACGACCUUCUCAACAUGGAUAUUGCAAGUCUUUCAAGCCUACUCGAACCAGCAUCACUUCAGGCGUCACGGCUUGCACAAUGUCAUGGACGCGCUCACCCAGACGGCGGCCACGUUGGGAAUCUCUCUCGCAGCCCUCGCUGCUGGUAAGGCAUUGGCAGGCGUACUGCCAGCUCGUGCCCUCACAUCUCGACUAACAAGGCGGCGGAGCGGCAAUGCUGGCCAUGCAUCAUCCACGCGCCUCACCCCCACGACAGACUUGCUCGUCUUUCUUGUCCUCGGUGUAGGCUUCUGGGCCGGAGCAGCCCUCCUCGCCGGUCUCGAAACACGGCGCAACUUUCGCCCCACGACUUUCGCCAUCACAUUUGCACCUCCAGGCGCCAUCUUGCGAUGGCUUCUCUCGCCCCUCAACUCGAAUCGCCUUUCCAAGCGCGCCCCCUACUGGCCACUCGGUACCUUUGCCGCAAACAUCAUCGCGACGCUGGUUCUUGCAGGCCUUUUCGACGCCCAACACUACGGGCAGCGCGGUCAGCUUCCCGCGGCUCACACCGUCGUGUCAUGUCAAGUCCUCUACGGACUUCAAGAGGGCUUCUGUGGCUGCUUGAGCACAAUCUCCACCUUCGCAGUCGAGUUGCGCAACCUCCGACCGCACAGGAGAGCCGUCAGCUACGCAGUGGGGAGCUACGCGGUGGGCAUGGCCAUCUGCGUCAUCGUCAUCGGAGCGCCUUGGUGGAGCGGAGGAGGUAUGGAAGGGAGCUGUAGUGGACUCAUUGGAUAUUCAUAGCAAUUGUUGCGUGUAGAUUGAUUAGACAUCUC